AUGAAGCUUGUGAUCGCGGCUCCUUUGAUAGCUGCGCUUGUUUAUCGCGCCUGGUCGCACAAAUCCCUUACGCCUGUUGGCAUUGCAGCAGCUUUCACAACGGCAGUAAUUCACGCGAUACAUCCCUGGGGUGCUUUUCUUUUCUUGCUGGCGACAUUCUUCCUUGCUGGAAGCGCAGUGACAAAGGUACGAGCCCCGCAGAACAUAACCACCGGCAAGGCUGAACGCACAAAGGUCAAACAUGAUGUCAAAGCGAAGCUCACACAGUCUGCCAACGGUGCAUCUGGCGGAGAAGGAUCUCGCAACCACAUCCAGGUCAUUGCGAACUCAGGCGUGGCUUCGGUGCUGAUCCUGCUGCACCUUUGGCAGUUAAAGAAGGAGGGCAGGUAUGAAAGCGGGGACCUGUGCUUCCACAAGAAGAGUGAUGUUCUGGUCGUUGGCAUCGUUGCAAACUACGCUGCCGUCGCCGCCGAUACUUUCUCCUCCGAACUUGGCAUACUCUCCGUAGUCGAGCCAUUUCUCAUCACCGCACCGUGGCGCACCGUCCCUCCAGGAACAAAUGGGGGUGUGACAACUACUGGGCUAGCUGCCGGCAUGUAUGGUUCACUCCUUAUAUCGCUAGUAGCCAUGUUCGUCUUACCAUUCUGCAAAGAGUGGGCCUCUCAAGCACGCAUGAGAUUCACUUUCGCGAUUACAUUCGUUGGUAUACUGGGAACCUUGCUCGACUCACUCCUUGGCGCUCUCUUCCAAGCUAGUGUAGUUGAUGUACACUCCGGCAGAGUGAUCGAAGGUGAGGGUGGCAGAAAGGUCUUGGUCCACAGUAAGAACCCGCUGCAUCUCAAGAAGGGCGCCGAGCUACGAAGCAAAGUUAUCAGCAACGAACAGGGCAAUGAUGGCAUUGCGACGACUAGUGGUGCCGAUCUCGAGGACUCUAUGCAGGCAACAAAGACAAUGCAGAAGGCGGGAGCCGAUAGUACCGCCGUAGUUGAUGGGCAGCACGAAAGCAGAAGAGUUGAAGUGGGCAGCGAUUUGCUGGACAACAAUGCCGUCAACCUCCUCAUGGCGGCGUCAAUAAGCGUAGGAGCUAUGAUGGUAGCGUGCAUUGUCUGGGACAUGCCUUUCAGCAGCAUCGUUGGAAUUUGA